ACCAAUAUCCAUUCCAUACGCUUUCUUCUACUAAACCCUAACCCUAAGUUCACCACUGAUCAGUGAUACUUCUAAUUUCAUUGCUUUUACGUACACAAUUAUAACACCAAUACCCACAACAUAUAAUUUGCAUAAUUUGUUUCACAAAAAUCUUACGUUUCACGCAUCAGUUUGCAUGAAAAUGAACUUACAGGAGUUGAAGACGAUGAAAAGACGCUUGUUUGGUGAAGACAAGGAUCAUGAAGGGAAGAGAAGUAAGCAAGAAGAUUGGAAGCAUGCACAAAAGAUGUAUGGAGAUGGUGCUGCAUGGGUCAGAGGUGUAAUGAUCGGAAAAGGCAGUUUCGGUUGUGUUUUCAUCGCAAAUUUGAAGAACGAUAAAUCCAGAUACAGCUUGUAUCCACCGGUUAUGGCCGUAAAAUCUGCUGAGGUUUCUGCUUCGGGUUCAGUUCAGAAGGAGAAAGAGGUUAUGGAUAAUAUUAGCGGUUGUCCGUACGUGAUCAAGUGUUUUGGGGAAGAAAUCACCAACGGGGAGAGCGGUCGGAUGGUGUAUAACAUGUUGUUGGAGUAUGGUUCUGGUGGAACCUUAGCCGAUGCAAUCAAGAGCUCAAAUGGAAAAGGAUUGCCAGAAUUGGAUGUGAGGCGACAUGCGCGAUCCAUUCUUCGCGGGUUGAGUCACAUUCAUAAAAGAGGGUAUGUUCAUUGUGAUUUGAAGCCACAAAAUAUAUUGCUAGUAGCAAAUGAAGGUAAAACUAGUGGUUUUGUUGCUAAAAUUGGCGAUUUGGGAUCGGCGAAGAGGAUUAAGCAGGUUAAGAAAAAUAUAUUGAAUAAUUAUGGGCCUUGUUGGAGGGGUACACCUAUGUAUCUAUCACCUGAAGCUUUGGUUAAUGGUGUUCAAGAAAAGCCUGCUGAUGUUUGGGCGGUCGGGUGUAUUGUUUAUGAGAUGUUGACUGGAAAACCGCUUAGGUAUUCAUAUCAGGAUUUGGGUGUUCAUGAGAUGACAAGUCGGAUUGGUGAUGGACGCGACUUGUUUUCUAUUUCUAGCAGUUUGUCUGCCGAAGGGACGAGUUUCUUGGAGAAAUGUUUGUGUGGAAAGGUUAUGUGUAGAUUAACCGCUAACAUGUUGUUAAAGCAUCCUUUCUUAAAAGGGUUGCCUGAUGAUGAUAUCGAUGAGGUCGAAUCACACGAGGUUUUUGACAUAAACACCAUCACCUCAUCGUCAUUGUUCUUUGAUGAUGAUGAGUUGUGGUUGUCUUCUUGUUCAGAAGAUGAAGAUGUGGAUGUCACUGCAAGUGCAAACGGAGAAAGUAUUAAUGCUAGAUUUCAAGAAGUGCGGAGAUUUCUGAGAUCUUGUAUUAAGGUCAACAUCGGGCAAAUCGACAAGCUUCCAUACUCUCACAUUGAAGAGAAAACCGAUUUUGCAACCGAGCCACCUGGGUAUAAAAACAACUCAAACCGUGAUUAA